GCAGGCGGAGAAGGCCCGGGCGGGCCUUCUCCCCACCUCGGUCGGUCUAGCUCCGUCCGGGGCGCCCGUCCCGCCCCCUCAGCUUCUCUGCCCCUUCUCCGUCCAACCCCUAGUCCCGCCCCGCGCCGCCGCUCGCGUCUGGGGCGGAACAGAACUUGGCCUUCCGAGGGUUCCCGCACUGUCUUACCCGCCCAAGGGGAGCCAAGCGGGCUCAGAGGCCCCAGCACCGCCUGGCUGAGCGGAUCCCGGGACUUGCGGAGGGGCGGCCACAGCAGGUUAGGAAGCGUUAGGGAACGGAGCUCUGGGUCUUGCUGGGCGGAGGGAGCCAAGGGCUGACUCUGUCCCCACCUCAAGACUUGCGGUCCCGUAGGUGUUUUGCUUCGUGGGGCCCGCGUCCGUUGGGAUGUGGGUGGGAUGGCAGGGUAGUGUGGACGUGUGGGGUUGCAUCGCGUAUGCAUAUUUUGUGGGUCUGGGGAUGAGGGAAGACCCCAAUCCUGCAGUUCGUGGUGGGAUCGAGAGAACCUCAGCCUGUCUGCUGCUGUGCGCUCUGGUCACAAGCUCGCCCACCAACCAGGACCCCGGAAGAGCCCCUCGUGUGGGAGGUCACACAAAUGUACACACCUCACACGUGGCAGGGGCCACCACAGCCCAGACUCACUUGGCCACAGUGCUGGCUUGAACUUAACCACACACAUGGGCACAAGGCCCGCACCGAAGUGAGAUUGGAGUCCCUGAGGUGCACCCAGCUGUGUUUGUGAAGUGGUGGAUGUUGGAGAGUUGCAAGGCCUUAGGUUGUCUUCUCCACCCCUUCUCUAUGCAGAUUCCCCUGCACCCAAACCUGGGGCCUCUCUUCCCCAGGCCUCAGUGGGUCCCAGCAGGAUUAACGACCCUAUCCUUCAUGUUUCUAGCCUUCAGGUUCUCUUGGAAUUCCUGGAUGAGACAGCACUAGGGGCCCUCUGGGCCCACAUCCCCUCUGCCCUUCCUGAACCCUCCCUGCCAGCCUCUGAGCAGAGGCGAGGGCUGGACGCUGACCUUGGAGGCAGGAGUGAGAGCAGUGUCACUCUGGGAAGUCCUGCCUCGGGGCCUUAAGGUGUUGGGGUCCUGGGCGCAUGCUGAGAAGUCUAGGAGUGGGCCUUCCAUUGGCCAGUAAGUCUUUGCCCAUCUCUCUGGCCGGGCUCUGGCUGAGGUGGGGACCAGAGGACAUGUCUCCCUGGUCCUCUUCUGCCAUCCUUGGACUCAGACCAGGUGUUCCCAAGGUCUUUGAGACAGAGUGGUUUCUAACCUACCCCCCUCCAUCCUGGGCUGCAUGCUGGCCCCUCUGGCUUUGGCCAGCUGGGGUCAGCUCUGUCUGGGACCUGACACCCUCACCCCAUCUGACAAAGGAGGAAACUGAUCUGAAUAGGCAGGGGGAGGAGCAUGAUCCCCAGAGUGCAUCAGGAUGGAAUGGUGGAGUGGGGGAGGAGAGGGCAGGGGAGCAGGGAAGAGGCAAACUACCCAAGGGACUUCUGAUGUCAGGCCUGAGACUUUUCCCCCUGGUCAUCUGGACUCAAAAGAAGCCUCCCAGCUCCCUUGCCUGGGUGCUGGCUGUGGCAUUCCAACCCCUUCUAGAGAUGCAGCCCCAGAGGGCCCUGCCAGGCAGCAGAGCCAGGCUUCACAACUCCAGCCUCAGGGAGGGCAUGGCCCAUGUGGGUAAAAAAAAAAGCACCUCUCAAUCCCGAUCUUGGGCACUGGGCAGGCUGGAAGGUACCCCAGAUGGGUGGGUCACACAUAAGUCCAGUCACAGGCUCUAGAGCCUCCAUUUCCUGUGCCCUAUGUGCACUAGAUGGGGAGGAAAAGUGCUUCUCAGGCAAAAGCAGCAGCGUUUCUUUCUUUUCCAGUUCAGUUUUAUUUUGCAAAAAUUUACAAAGUCUUCUGUGCACAUAGAUCCCCAUAGGGACGAACAUGAAUCAAUAGACUCUCAGAGCCCAGACCUGGCAGGGGAGAUAGGACACACAGUUUAGGGUGAUGGUACCAAAAAGCAAACCCGUUGCUGUCAAUUCUGACUCAUGGCAACCCCAUGUGUUCCGGAGUAGAACUGCUGUCUAGGGUUUUCUUGGCUGUAGUCUUUAUGGAAGCAGAUUGCCAGGCCUUUCUUCUGCAGUGCCACUGAGUGGGUUUGAACUGUCAGCCUUUAGGUUAGUAGUUGAACACAAACUGUUUGCACCACCCAGGGACCCUAGAUCAUAAAAGGAAUCGUAAUUUUUUUUUUUUUUUUGGACAAGAUAAUAGGUACAGUUGGAGCCAGGAAAGGGAGAGAUCCGGGAGAUCAAGGAAGGCUUCCCAGAGAAGGGGAUUCCUGUCCAUUUACUGGAUGGAGAAAGUGGAGGAAACAGCGAGAGAAACUUGGAAGCAUGGGAGAACUGGGCACACCUGGGAAGCGCUAGGUGUCCAGAGUGGCAAGCAAGGGGAGGCUGUGGGAAAUGAGGGUGGAGACACAGUCAGCUGCUAUUCCUGUGGUAUGACCAUUUGACUCUACACAGUAAGUAUGUUUUCAAACCUUUUAGGCAGCAAGGCCUAGGUGAGGUGGCCCAGGAAUCCUAGACUCAGUUUUUUGCCCCUGACAGUAUCUGUCCUUUUCCUCCACAGAGAAGACCCUGAUGGGGCAGGACAGGGACAGGGAAGGGGUGUGGGUAGGGGCAGGGGGAGCCCUGACCCCCAAUACCUCCUCCCCAUUCCCCCCUGAGCCUCCAGGGGCCUCAGGCAGCAUCAUUCCAGUCUACUGUGCCCUCCUGGCUGCUGUGGUCCUGGGUCUGCUGGCCUACGUGGCCUUCAAGUGCUGGCGCUCACAUAAGCAAAGACAGCAGCUAGCCAAGGCUCGGACUGCAGAGCUGGGGGGCCUUGACAGGGUCCAGAUGUGUGGGGAUAGCAGUGUCUUCCUGGACCCUCCCAAAGGCCUGGAACCUUGCACCCCCAGCCAGGGACCAAAUCCUGAGCUUGGCAGCCGACUUUACCUUCAUCUCCCUCGACAGCAGCAGGAGGAAGUGGAGCGGCUCCUGGAGGCAGCGGGUGAACCUGAUAAGGGCUGGCAGGGCCUGGCAGGGCACCUGGGCUACCGGGCUGAGGCUGUAGAGACCCUGGCCCAGGGCCAGGCUCCAGCCUACACCCUGCUGAGGGACUGGGCCAUCCAGGAAGGCAAUGGAGCCACCCUCAGAGCACUAGAGGAUGCCCUGGCUGCCAUGGACCGUGAAGAUGUGGCCCGGAUCCUGAGUCCUCUGGCUGAAGGCUGCUCUGUGGUGUGAGCCAUGCCUCUACAGCCUGGCCUUUCAGGGAACCUGUUCUGGUGCUCCCUACCUCUCCCAUCUCCCUAUAUGCACUCCCUUCAUGGGCUUUCUGGUAUUGGCCUCAGCCUGCUCUGCUCUGGGAAGACACAAAAGAUCUGGUCGCCACUCACUUUCCCUUGUCCUAUCCUCCUCUAGGACAAGGACCAGGAUUGGCGAGAGUGGGAAGUGAGGGAUGGUCCUACCCUCCUCAUCGCCACCCCACCUCUCCUUACUUAGCCUCAGCUGUUUUUUCUACUUUUGUAUCCCAUAUUAAAGGAAACUUUGGACUUUGGUGCUGGCUCCAUCUGGCUCCUUGGGCAUGCGAGAUAGUUGGGGGGUAUGAGGCAGAGGCUCAGAAAAGUGCAGGGGAUCCUAGGGUGUGGGAGGGGCUACAGCUGAGUGGCACUGUCUGUGAGCAGCACCUAGGAUGGCAGGCAGUGUACUCCCAUGACUUGGGCUUUGGAUCUGUCAUUCAUUGUUGGAAUCAAGUUGGGAAGCUAUUUCACCUUUCUGAACUUGAGCUUCCUUAGCUGGAGACAAUACAAUGGCAUGUUCAGUAGCUUCCCCUCCCCCUAAGACUCCCAGAUUGGCACUGAGGAGUCCUAGAGGUAGGCUGGUCCUGGGAAGCUAGAUACCAAGGGCCUGUGGAAGAGAAAAAGGAAGAAAGGGCUCUCCUUACGAGAUCCACACUCCAGACGCUGGAGAGGGAGUUCAAAACGUGCUUCACAACUGCUUAUGUGGACUCCACACAAGCCAAGGGCCGACAGGCAGGCCAUCCCACAUACCCAAGAAGCAGUUCAGGACAGGGCAACUGCAGCCAAACCACCUGCACCCCAUGCAUAUGCCCACCCUGAAGGCAGGACCCAGGCAGAUUGGCUACUUGGCCUUUUGAGGCGGGUACUAGACCAAUAAGCCCUGCCCACAAAGGAAUAAUAUCUGUGGAGCCCCUGGCAUCCACCAGAGCCAGAGGCUUCAAGAAGAACAGCCACUCAAACAUCCUCAAGACCUGGGGGAUCUAGAUGUAGUCCAGUGGUCACUGUGGUGUUCAGGGUAGAUCCUGUCCCCUUGCUGAACUGAGGUGCAAACUGGCUGUUCUCUGAGCACCAAAGUCAUCACAGGAUGCUGCUGCUGCUAUUCUCAGAACCAGUUCACCAGAGUUGCUUAACCCUAUAAAUCUUCCUUUGAAUGAAGGUGGGAAUAACCACCUUCACCCUGAGAUGACCCUUGGGCAAUCAAUAAUCCUGAUUAUCAGGAGGGAAAGCAAGAAUGGUGGCUGCCAGGCUGUUGUGGAUUGGACCAGCAAUGAAUGUGAACUCCUGAAAUCUUGCAUCAAGUGCUGGGAACAGAUUCAAGAUUAACUGGCACCCCUUAUCACUCCUAAGGGGAUUUGAACCUAAGCGUGUUCAAUUGGUGUGGGGAAAGGAAAAGAUUUUGAAAAAACUCAACAGGGAGGUAAAUGAGAAUUCUUUUUUCAAAAAUGUUCUGCAUUGAUAGCUCCCUUGUCACCACCUAUGAUGGUUAAGGUUAUGUGUCAACUUGGCUGGGCCAUGAUUCUCAGUGGUUUGGCAGUUAUGUAAUGAUGUAGUUAUCCUCCAUUUUGUGAUAUAAUGUGAUCCAUGAUGUGGUCUGGUAUGAUCAGCCAAUUAGUUUUAAAGGGAGUUUCCUUAUGGGUGUGGCCUGCAUCCAAUAUAUAUGGAUGUUCUGGCAAAGCUCGCUGGCUUUUGCUUGCUCUGGAUACUGCAUCUGGCUCAUCAUCAUCUGACCCCCAAUUCUUGGGACUUGAGCCAGCAGCCUGCUGUAUUGCCUGCCGAUCUUGGGACUCAUCAGCAUCCGCAGCCUGUGAACCAGUAGCCUGCUGUCUUACCUGCCGAUCUUGGAUUUGUCAGCCUCCACAGCCCAUAAGCCAGCAGCCUGCCAUCUGACCUGCCGAUCUUGGGUUUGUCAGCCCCUGCAGCUGCAUGAGUCAGGAGUCUGAUGCCUGACCCACAACAUGGGAAUUGCCAGUCUCUGCAACAGUGUGAGCUAUUUCCUUGAGAUAAAUCUUUAUCUCUAUCCAAUCUAUCUAUACACUUCACUGAUUUUACUUCUCUAGAGAAUCCAGGAAACCCUGGUGGCAUCUAUUAACCAAAAAGUCAGCAGUUUGAAUCCACCAGGCGCUCCUUGGAAACUCUAUGGGGCAGUUCUACUCUGUCCUAUAGGGUCACUGUGAGUUGAAAGCAACUCGAUGGCAAUGGGUUUUUUUUUUUUUAGAGAACGCUGCCUAAGACAUUUGGUACCAAGAAUGGUUUUACAGAAACAAAAUUUUAAGGAUGAGUAUCCUAUACUGGUUCUCAAGUCUGGUUGGCCUUAAAGAUGUUGAUGACUCUACUUCCAGUAGUAAAGAGGGCACUGCUAAUCCAUGAUGUGAGGUAGCAAUAGAAAUAUGCAAAAUAUUGCCACCCAUACAUAGAUCAAAUAUUGGUGAGAGGCAAGGCUCUGGGUGAUCACGUGUUUGAUACUUUUCUACAACUUUGUCAGAAUGAGAAGUAUAGGGAAGCUGGUGGUUGGUCCUGCUUUAGCUAGACAAAAUGGUGAAAGAAGAGAUGAGCUCAGGGUUUCAGAGUCACAGCUCAAGUGCUCCAUAGAUGACCUCAAAGCUGCCAUUUGUGCCAUGACAGGAAGCCUUAUUUCUUCUAGUAAUAGAGCUGAUGUUGCUGAAAAUCAAACCCAUAGUCUUAUUGUAAGAGUGGGUGAAUUACAAUGCCAACUGAAUUCCCAACCUUGAGUGGUGUCUGAAGUUAAAGUGAGGACUUUGAUUAUGAAGAAAUGGGAUCCUGAAACUUGGGAUGGGGACAUAUGGGCAGAUAAUAAGGAAGCUGGAGACACUGAGCCCCUAAAUUCCAUUGAAUUGCUCCUGCCAAUGCAACCAUUAGCCCCUCCACCCCAUCUGAUGAGAUGAACCCAGUUGUGUCUGAAGAGCCUUUGUCUGAGAUGCCACCUGGGGAGGCAUCCGAGUCAUUGCCUCGGGCAUUGCUGCCUUAUAAGACAUUGCUGAAUGUCUCAAAACACAUCCCCACCACCCAUUUUUGCUUCUAGACCUAUAUAGACUUAAGUCCUAGUGAGCCCCAAAAAGGUGAAGUAUAAAGUGUGACCAGGAGGAGGUAUAGUAUAUUCCAAAAGAACUCUUUGGCUUUUCUAAUACGUACAAACAGAAACCUGGGGAAUAUGUGUGGGAAUGGCUAUUAAGGGUAUAGAAUAAUGAUGUAAGGAACAUAAAGUCCGAUCAGUCUGAAUUUAUUGAUAUGGGCCCACUAAGCACAGAUUCUUUCAUUCAGUGUUUCAGCUUGAGAGGUUAGGAAAGGAUCUAAAAGUUUGUCACUAUCCUUUUGAGAAAGAGAUCUGGCUUGUUACUGGGCCUUAGUAGAGACUGAACGCAUAACCAUGGGCCACCAAGUCACCAUGCAGCCUAAGGUGCCCAUCAUGAAUUUAGUGUUGUCUGACCCACAGAGCCAUAAAGUCCGACGUGCACAGCAGCGUUAUAUCAUUAAAUGGAAGUGGUAUAGACCAGAUCAGGCCCAAGCAGGAUUUGAAGGCAAGUGAGUUGCAUGAGGAAGUGGCCCAAAUGCCCAUGGACUCCACUCCUGUCACAUUACUUGCCCUAUCCCAGUCUGUACCUGUGGCCUCAUGGAGAGUUCCUUAUGAUCAGUUGACCAAGAAAGAGAAAACUCAUACCUGGUUCACAGGUGGUUCUGUGUGAUAUGCAGGCACUACUCAAAAGUGGACAGCGCAGCACUACAAUCCCUUUUUGGGAUCUCCCUGAAGGACAGUGGUGAAGGGAAAUCCUCUCAAUGGGCAGAACUUUGAGCAGUGGACCUGGUUGUUCACUUUGCUUGGAAUGAGAAAUGGCCAGAUGUGCAACUGUAUACUGAAUCAUGAGCUGUGGCCAAUGGUUUGGCUAGAUGGUCAGGGACUUGGAAGGAACAUUAUUGGAAAUUGGUGACAAGAUAUGGAGAAGAGGUAUGUGGAUAGAUCUCUCUGAAUGGGCCAAAGAAGUGAAGUUAAUUUGUGUCUCAUGUGAAUGCUCACCAAAGGAUGACCUCAGCAGAGGAGGAUUUUAACAAUCCAGUGGUUAGGAUGAUGUGUUCUGUGGAAACCAGUCAUCCUCUUUCCCCAGCCACUCCCAUCAUUGCCCAAUGGGCUCAUGAACAAAGCAGGGAUGGUGGCUAUGCAUGAGCU